AGAACAACAAAGCCUGCUGCUUUGGACAGCUUAUACAUCUUAGCUGCUUGGUACCAGAAGAAACGUCAGCCAGUAGAAGCUGUUCACCCAUAGAGCCGACCUUCAGAACGCCACAUGUAAGCCUCGCAGCAAAUUUCCAGGGUCUCCGAGUAUGAACAGCUUGAGGUCGAAGCUGGCCUAGUUGACUAGAAAGCCCAUUGUUGGAAAUUAGGAAGAGUUGGUCACCCACAUAACGGAUCUUCUCAGUUACCUGUUCUUGCAUCAGAUCCCUAUAAAUGCCAUACCCUUUUCUCCCCGUUCCAUCAAGCUAAUCAAACUCAAUAGUUACAAGAGAUCUUCACAUUCCACGAGCAUUUCCAAUACCUAAGUGAAGAGAUUCAAUGGCCCACACAGCGAUGUCAAUGGGUUUGGCCAUGGUCCUGGUGACCAUGCUUUGGGCAGGAGCCAUGGCUCAAUCAGAUUGUACAAAUGUUUUAAUCAGCAUGUCACCGUGCCUAAAUUACAUUACAGGGAACUCCUCAACUCCAUCCUCACAAUGCUGCACUCAGCUAGCUAGUGUUGUUCGCUCAUCACCCCAGUGCUUGUGCCAGGUUCUUAAUGGCGGUGGCUCAUCACUAGGGAUCAAUGUCAACAAAACUCAGGCUAUAGCCUUACCUGGUGCUUGCAAUGUGCAAACUCCACCCAUCAGCAGCUGCAGUGGUGCCUCUCCAGCAGGCUCACCUGCGGGAACACCAGAAGCUUCAAGCACCCCUUCAGGAACUGCAUCCAAAACUGUACCAUCAACACAAAAAGAUGGAACAUCAGGCGGAAGCUCCAUGGAUUUCUCAAUCUCUAUACUGUUCUUCCUUCUCUUUGCCGCUUCAUAUGGUUCAACCUUCACAGAGAUUUUCUGAUCAGCCAGCUCGUCAACACUUACACUAUAAUUUACACAUUGCAUAUCCAUGGUCAUUGUUGUAUGAUAUAAUAUAUUACCGAGUGUCAGUUGAGGGUGCAUGUAUUGUUUACUUUUUUUUGCGACCUCAUCGAGGUUGGUGUAGUUUUGUAUUACUGAAGAGACGUUUGCUCUCUUCCCUUCCUAAUAACACAUAUUUAUGAUCUAUCAUGUAGGACAUUACACA